GCGCGCACGGCAGAGCCCCGCCAAGCGUACGUGCGUGCGUGUCGCGACGCGCGGUGACGGAGCGGGUCCGCCGCGUCCCUUUGUUGGCUCAGCGGCGGCGGCGGCGCUGUGUGUUGUUGUCCCGCGGACAGAGGCAGGCCGCGGCGCAGGAGCAGCCAGGAGCCCGCGCGGGGGGAGGGCUCAGGGUCGGCGCGGGCAGCUCCGGGCCGCCGCCUCGCCAUGGACUCGGACGAGGGCUACAAUUACGAGUUCGACGAGGACGAGGAGUGCAGCGAGGACAGCGGCGCCGAGGAGGACGAGGACGACGACGACGAGGACGACGAGCCCGACGACGAUAACCUGGACCUGGGCGAGGUGGAGCUGGUGGAGCCCGGGCUGGGCGUAGGAGGCGAGCGCGACGGGCUGCUGUGCGGGGAGACGGGCGGGCUGGGCCCCGGCGGCGGCAGCGGGCUGGGCGGCGGGCCGGGCCCCGGCGGGGGCGGCGGCGGCCACGAGCAGGAGGAGGACUAUCGCUACGAGGUGCUGACGGCCGAGCAGAUCCUGCAGCACAUGGUGGAGUGUAUCCGGGAGGUCAACGAGGUCAUCCAGAAUCCGGCAACUAUCACCAGAAUACUACUUAGCCAUUUCAACUGGGAUAAAGAGAAGCUGAUGGAAAGGUAUUUUGAUGGCAACCUGGAGAAACUUUUUGCUGAGUGUCAUGUAAUUAAUCCAAGUAAAAAGUCUCGAACACGUCAGAUGAACACAAGGUCAUCAGCCCAGGACAUGCCUUGUCAGAUCUGCUAUCUGAACUAUCCCAACUCGUACUUUACUGGCCUAGAGUGUGGACAUAAGUUCUGUAUGCAGUGCUGGAGUGAAUAUUUAACUACCAAAAUAAUGGAGGAAGGCAUGGGACAGACUAUUUCAUGCCCUGCUCAUGGCUGUGAUAUCUUAGUUGACGACAAUACAGUUAUGCGUCUGAUCACAGAUUCAAAGGUUAAAUUAAAGUACCAGCAUUUAAUAACUAAUAGUUUUGUAGAGUGUAAUCGACUGUUAAAAUGGUGUCCUGCCCCAGACUGCCACCAUGUUGUUAAAGUUCAGUAUCCUGAUGCUAAACCUGUUCGCUGCAAAUGUGGACGUCAGUUUUGCUUUAACUGCGGUGAAAAUUGGCAUGAUCCUGUUAAGUGUAAGUGGUUAAAGAAGUGGAUUAAGAAGUGUGAUGAUGACAGUGAAACUUCCAAUUGGAUUGCAGCAAACACAAAGGAAUGCCCAAAAUGCCAUGUGACCAUUGAAAAAGAUGGAGGCUGCAAUCACAUGGUCUGUCGGAACCAGAACUGUAAAGCAGAGUUCUGCUGGGUAUGUCUUGGCCCUUGGGAGCCACAUGGAUCUGCCUGGUACAACUGUAAUCGCUACAAUGAGGAUGAUGCAAAGGCAGCAAGAGAUGCACAGGAGCAGGGAUUUGAAAUCUGCCAGGGGGAUGGCCCUGUGGUCAGAGGAGAGCCUUUUGCUGCCUGGCAAAAAUCCAUUAAGGGAUUGGAUAAAAUGAGCUUUGAAGGGAUAGAAUUAACACAGCGAUCCAGAGCAGCCCUGCAGAGGUACCUGUUCUACUGCAACCGCUAUAUGAACCACAUGCAGAGCCUGCGCUUUGAGCACAAACUCUAUGCUCAGGUGAAGCAGAAAAUGGAGGAGAUGCAGCAGCACAACAUGUCGUGGAUCGAAGUGCAGUUCCUGAAGAAAGCAGUUGACGUCCUCUGCCAGUGUCGUGCCACACUCAUGUACACUUAUGUCUUUGCCUUCUACCUCAAAAAGAAUAAUCAGUCCAUUAUCUUUGAGAAUAACCAAGCAGACUUAGAGAAUGCUACGGAGGUGCUUUCUGGGUAUCUGGAGCGAGAUAUAUCCCAAGAUUCGCUGCAAGACAUAAAGCAGAAAGUACAAGAUAAGUACAGAUACUGCGAGAGUCGACGAAGGGUUUUGUUGCAGCAUGUGCAUGAAGGCUAUGAGAAGGAUCUGUGGGAGUACAUUGAGGACUGAGACUGGCCCUGCAUAAAAUGAACUCUGAAAACUUUACCAUCUAGAGUGCUCAUGCAAUUAAAACAAAACACACACAAAAAGAGGCACUACGCCUAUUACACCGCUGGGUCUGUAGUACCGGGAUUCUGUUUUUCUAACAGAAAAUUUAAGUAAAUUAUAUUGUAAUAAAAAAGGUAGAUAAACCAUUGUACAACAGUAUUCUAGGCGGCCAAUAAGAGUGUGACAGACGCACUAAAAAAACCCUCCAACUUUAACUUGUAACGUAGCUUCAUUCUCCAAGCCGACUCCUUUUUUCUUUUCUUUUUUUCCUGUGUGUAGUACAGAUGAAAUUUAAACCAGUUUCUCGACACCGCUUUUCAUGUCCAAACCAGCCAUUUUGAUGUACUUCAGUAAGGGGUUCUCCCUCUCCCUCCUCCUCUCAUACACCCAAGGUCAUGAAUGAAUGUUGAUUGGCUCAUUGUAAAGAUGAUUCUCGGGGAGGGGAGGAGGGGGGUACACAGCAAGGAAAAAACUUUGUAUAUGACUUUUAAAACAAAAAGAGGACAACACAGUAUUUUUCAAAAUUGUAUAUAGCGCAUAUGCAUGGACAAAGAGCAAGCGUGGCACGUGUUUGCAUAAUGUUUAAUUACAAAAAAAUAUUUAUUCUUUAAAAAUCUUCAAGAUUAUGUCUAUUUGCUGUGCAUUUUCUUUGCUUUUUUUAAGCCCUGGGAUUGGGGUGGGGGAAGUGUGUGCUGGUGUAGUGACUCUUUUGCAGGUUUUUACCUGAGAAGUUUUCUCCUCUUCCUGCAUCUUUGAUUCCUUGGCCUCCAUGGUUUGUGUGUCCAUUGCUGGCAACGGAACCACCCCUUCAAAUUUCCAGCUCCUAAUGCAAACUGAUUAACUUGGUGUGCGUUUCAUUAGAGAUGAAUGUAUAUUGUGAUGCAGGAUGCUUUGUCUUUUUCACCCAGAAUGUCACCACAAUCAAACCUAGCCAUUCCCAUGCACCAAGGACAUGCGCUCUGAACCUGGCUGAUGUUCAAAUCUAUAGGAAGUGUGUUAGGAAUUUUUCUUUUGAUGGAGGAAAAGGGGGAUUCUCUCUUACACCACUUCUCAAAGAGCAUUGAAAGAAUUCAACUGUGGAUCUCUUCUCCCUCCCCCUUUAGCUAUCAAAUGGAACAUUCCUUGCUGUUUUUAAGUUUCACUUACAUUAUUACAAAUCGUGACGUUGAAAAGGAAGAUGGUGGAAUUGUCUGUUUGUUUUGGGCUCAGUUAUUGGGCAAACUGUCCUGGCAAGUAUUAAACACUCCAUCUAGUGCAGUAGCAAUUGAAAUCAUUGGGAUUUUUUUUCAUUUAAAAGGGGGUAAGAACUAAUGAGUUUUAGCUACUGAGUCCAUUUUUAUUAUUUCUGUAACGAGCUAUGUUAAAGUACACACUUGGUGGUGGUUUUAUUAAAUUUACUUCUGUAUAGGAAUCCCUUCUGUGGUAUUUUUCACCAGGCCAGUGUCCUAAAAGCUUGCUGAUAACCUACCAAGUUAAGGGGGAAGGAAUAAAGAAGGGUAGCUGAGGCAGUCUGCCGAGGUCCCUAAUAUGAAACACCAGUUUCUGCUGAAGUAGUCUUAGCCAUUUUCUUCAGCUCUCUUGCACCUGGAGGGGAUGCUGCUAAAUGCUGACAUCUACAGAAAGUUAGCUUUGCAAUUCCACUCCUGCUGUGCAUCAGCUUCCACUGAAAGGGCUUGUUUUCCUCAAGCCCUCUUUCAGAAUGACCAUAUGCACCCUCACAACUUGUGUUCUGUGCACUUUUCUUUAGAAGGCUGCUGUGAGAGAAAUUAAUCUGAGGGUUUAUAUCUGUGUGUAUAUAGUAAAGAGCUCUGUUCUGACAGGCUGGGCACACCACAAAAGGACAUCAUCUGGCCUCAAUUCUCAUUAAAACUGCUCUAUUGUUGCAGCUGUCUGCCACCCAAACUUUACUGAUUGGCUCUUGAAAACAUCAGGCCCAAAAUGUAUAUUUCAGGUUAAAAAUAUAAAUCAAAAUGCUUCCUAAAAUAACAUCUCCACCUGGAGUCAACUGAGGGGCACAGCUAGCUGUGCUUUGUGGGUGGAUGGGAGUCCCCUGAAAUGAAAUGUUCCUCAGCUGUUUAAAUCUCCAGUGGUCAGGUUUUAUCCUAUUUGCUUACUGUCCCAUCACCUGAGAAUUGAAACCCAAUGUACACAUAGGAACUUCAGCUCCUAAAGAUUAAGGGAUAUAUUGUGUUCUUAAAUCUUGAUCUCUGUAGACCUCAUUUAAGACAACUUAUUAAAACCAUCAUCUCCCAUGUAGUGUUUAAGUUCUGCAUAGGCUGUCACUGUUCACCUACUUGCUGACCCUUUAUCACAGCUUUCAAUACUCUAAUUCUCCAUAUUUAUUGAAAAUUAUCUUUUUCAGUAAUGCGGGCUGGGCAGAGUCCCUUGCCCAGUCUGAGACUGUUUGAUAAUUCACAUCAGCUGGCAGGCCCUUUCCUUUUUUUAAGGGCAAAUAUACUGCUACCUUGAUAUAACACAAAUUUGGAUAUAACGUGGUAAAGCAGUGCUGGGGGGGGGCUGUGCACUCCGGUGGAUCAAAGCAAGUUCAAUAUAACAUGGUUUCACCUAUAACGUGGUAAAAUUCUUUGGCUCCCAAGGACAGCGUUAUAUCGAGGUAGAGGUGUAUUUGCAAUUAGAAUGUAUGGACUGGAUGCUUGACAGCAGCAAUAUGCAAAAUAGUGAAUGGGCCUCAAUAACUUACACUGGGCUAACUUUAUGACAGGGUCCUACCAACAGAAAGCAGAAUAGCAACACUAUUAGCUUGCCUUCAGACCCCUAAAUCCCUUGUAACUCACUGCUGCUCUGGUGGUUUCUAUACUAUCUGGAUCAAUGACUGUUUUUAAUUAAGUUUUAGUACAACCACUGUAUUAGACGUUGAGUGAUGUAGAGCCACCUCCA